CCUGAAGACAAGUUUCCUCGUUCACAGCACCACCACAACUCCUCCCUCACUCCACCACACCACUUCUUGUCAACUUCAUCUCCUUUUCAAAGGCUUCGCAUUGUCCUUGAAGUCUCCCACCACUAUCCCAACCUACCUACAAACCCUACACGUUUGGAUCAACAAGCAAGCCCUUAGCCCACCGCAACUUCAACCUCCACCCUGAGCCUACGCAGCAAACAUGACACUCUACUACAGUCUGGUCUUCCUCCUGUUGGUGGCCGAGAUGGUCAUCUUCAUGGCCCUUAUCGUCCCUCUCCCGUUCACAUGGCGCCGCAAGCUCUUCACCUUCAUCUCGGAGAGCCCUAUUAUAGCCAAGCUGCAAUAUGGCAUGAAGAUCACGUUCAUUUUCAUUCUCAUUCUGUUCAUUGAUAGCGUCAACCGCGUCUAUCGGGUCCAGAUUGAGCUUGCGGCUGCACAUAAGAGCCAGAAUACUGGCGGAGCUGCUGUUCUUGGUGGAUCCGAGCGCAUGGAAGUCCAAGCGCGCAAAUUCUACUCUCAGCGCAACAUGUACCUUUGCGGCUUCACGCUCUUCCUAUCCCUCAUUCUCAACCGCACCUACGUCAUGAUCCUCGACGUCCUCCGUCUCGAAGAGGAGGUCAAGACUUUCAGGGGCGACCCAGCUACCAAGGGUGGCAAGAGCCUCAAGGAUGCUGGAAAUGUCGGCGAGGUCGCGAAGCUCAAGGAGCAGCUUGCCGCGAAGGACCGGGAUAUGGCGAACUUGAAGAAGCAGGUCGAGAGCAUGUCGGCGGAGUACAACCGCUUGGGCGAUCAAGUAUCUGGAACCGACUCCAUCCCCAAGAAGGAUCGGUAGAUGCUUACCGGGAUGGAAAGGGCGUCAUAUCCGCAGCAACGUUCGAUCGCUCGGAUGAUUGUGGUUACACCAUCGCCUAAACCACCCCCUCGAUGUAUACGCUAUCGGAACUUCAUAACGGUAGACGAGGGCACACGUACAUUAGUAUCCGUACGACAGAUCAUGUUUAUGCCUAUUGGCGAUGCGUUCCCUUGGUAUUCAAAAAUGGGCGCAGUAGGCAACUGGGCUGUCUGUAGUAACUGGUUUCGACUUUGAAUGAUAGAAAGCAUGUGACAAUCCUUAAACAGUGCCUCCUCAUGAACAUGCGAUAUCUCCCCGCACAUCGUAUGCUCUUCUAUACAUGCUUCCACACUUUGCUGAUAUUGGAGGACGC